AUGUCUGAUCUCCCGCAGGAUGUAGGAGUAGAGAGUAGAUGUGUUCGGGCCAUGAAAUUGUAUAUUUUACAUUAUUGCUUUGCUUGCAUUAUUGUAUAUAUCAGUUUUACUAUUAUUACAGUGGAUAAGCAGUGGGUCUCUGGGGUGCUUGGGUAUUCUUCGCAGUAUGGGAGCGACAAGUAUAGCGCGCAGCAAAUACUGGGUGCUCCAGAUGUGUACCCUGGAUACGCGGAUGACAAAAGGGCAUGGGCCCCAAAUUACAUCGACGCAAACCAGUUCUUGGAGUUCCAGUUCACCACUUCCGUCUACGUGACACAACUCGACGUCUACGAGACUUUCAAUGGUGGCGGUGUCAAGGCCAUUAAGUGCUUCGAUGUCUCAGAAAAGUGGAUAACGCUAUGGUCGACGGACAAAGUAUCCGUUAAACGGUAUCCGAGGAUAUUCAGUCCAUCGUUUACGUCUACAAUUUCUUGUUUCUCGAACCGCAUUAAGCUGGAAAUCGACUGCACCGCUGCAGGCACCUGGGUGGAGAUAGACGCUGUAAUGCUGUACGGCAAAAAGGAGGAAGAGCAGUGGGUCUCUGGAGUUAUUGGGUAUUCUUCACAGUAUGGGAGCGACAAUUUUAGUGCGGAGGCAAUACUAGGUGUUCCAGAUAUGUACCCUACAUACGGGAAGGCCAUUGCGGCAUGGGCCCCAGAUGUCAUCGACGAAAACCAGUUCUUGGAGUUCCAGUUCGCCACUCCCGUCUACGUGACAAAAGUCGACGUCUACGAGGUCUACAAAGCUGGCGGUGUCAAGGCCAUUAAGUGCUUCGAUGUCUCAGAAGCGUGGAUAACGCUAUGGUCGACGAAACAAGUAUCCGUUUUUGAAUCUGCGAGGAUAUUUAGUCCAUCGUUUACGUCUGAACGUCCUUGUUUCUCGAACCACAUUCGGCUGGAUAUCGACUGCACCGUGGCAAACACCUGGGUGCAGAUAGACGCUGUAAGGCUGCACGGCUCCAAAGAGGCAGUGCAGUGGGCCAAUGCUGUGAUUGGCUAUUCGUCGGAGUAUGGGAGCGACAAGUGGAGUGCGAAGCAAACACUGGGUCUUCCAGAUGUGUACCCUAGAUACGCGGAUGACAAAAAGGCAUGGGCCCCAGAUGUCAUCGACGCACAUCAGUACUUACUGUUGCAGUUCGCCACUCCCGUCUACGUAACACAAGUCGACGUCUACGAGACUUUCAAUGCUGGCGGUGUCAAGGAAAUUGUGUGCUAUGAUUACCAAGAAAACGUACAAAGACGGAUAAGGCUAUGGUCGACCGACAAAGUAUCCGCUGUAAAGUCUGCGAGGGUAUUUAGUCCAUCGUUUGAGGUAAAAGAACGAACAGAUAAGUUAGGUUUAGUAAGUUCAAACUUCUUUACCGAUUUAAACACGCAAUUAUUUGCAUGGACAAUUCGAAGGCCCUUGACCCUAGACAUAACCAUGCUUAUGUGCUAUGUCGUACUGUUGUUAUUGCCUUGUAUCUUACAUACGGGUAAUUGA